ACUCAUGCCAGCAUUCUCUUCUUCCUCUCUCCCUUUCUGUUCUCCUGUCACCAUACUUUGGUGAGACAACCGCUCUCAGAACUCACUAAUAUCUGUCUCUCUUCUUUGUCAAUGCUCAUGGCUGGUCUACUGCUCCUUUUGCUUACUGUGUCUGCGUUUGGUGGUUCAGAUGCUGCUUGGUGUGUUUGUGAGUCUGAUGCGAGCACCACAGCCCUGCAGAAGACACUGGACUAUGCUUGUGGAGCUGGGGCUGACUGCAAUCCUAUUCUGCAAGUUGGUGCAUGCUACGACCCCAACACAGUGCUUGCCCAUUGCUCUUAUGCUGCCAACAGCUAUUACCAGAGGAAUGGGCAGGCGCAAACAGCCUGUGACUUCUCAGGAACAGCCAUGCUUACCUCCACAGAUCCAAGUGCAAAUGGUUGUGUCUACCCUGCGACUCCCAGUGCUGCAGCAACCUCAAGCACACCAACAAGCACAAGCACUGUGCCAAGCUCAGUGACACCAAGCACCUUCAGCCCACUGACGAGCAACACAACCAAUGGAGUACUGGGAGGAAUAGGCCCUUCGGGAACAACAAGCAGCUUGGAUGGCAGUGAUGGAGGUUUGCUCCGAAAGGCAGGGAUAGGCUCUCUCCUAACUGUUCUCCUUCCAAUACUGGUUCUACUGAAGGAAUCCCUGUCCUGUUCAUGACUUUUAUCGGUGUGAUCAAAUUAGAUAUGCCGGUUUAUCUUUCGAUAAGACAAGUAUCGGUUUGUGGUUACCAUCAGUGAAAUGGAUCAAAAGGCACUGAAGAAGACAAUCAACUGAGAAGGCACUGAAGAUUGUUCCUUCAUAGCUAUACUCUGAUAAUAUCAUUCAAUUGUCAGUAUGUGGAUUGAGAUCCAACUCCUGAACUGGGCAUUGUUCUUCUAUGUAUGAUGUCUCUAAGUUUCAUCUGUUGUGCACCUCAAGUACAAAAACAGUAUUUAUUGUGGCCUUUAUUCAGAAGAAUUUUUUUAUGUUGACA